GUGACUCUGGUAGUUUCUGUCAUCAAUUACUCGUGGCCUUUUUUCCUUCCAAAUUAUGCAGUAAGGCCUACAAGAAGCAAUUUACCAGGGACCAAUGGCAACUUCGUAUCGCACACUAUGCUCCUGAUGUGGUGCUUCCCUUCUGCUGUUCAAAGAAGUGUUUAUCAUAUGAAUUUGUACUGGUGCUACAACAUGAAAUGGAAUAAUUACUAAUGUUCAAAUCUGAUGUUCAAUGCUGAUAGUUGUGAUAAUCUUCUGUUUCUAAUCACAGCGUAAAGUACAACAGCAGAGUGUCCAUGAAUCCCUCCAUCGAGACCUAAUGGUGCACUCUGGCAAAUGGGACUUUGACCCAAUGGAACUGAAAAAUCCAUUUCCUCACAAUGAGGGCUCUGUUCACCUCUGGCAAGGUUACGAAGAUAGGCUCGUGCCAUUUGAACUGCAACGAUACCUAGUCCAGAAGCUACCAUGGAUUCAGUAUCAUGAAAUUCCUGAUGGUGGCCAUAUGAUUACUCAUGACAUAAAUUUUUUGGAAGCAAUCUUAAGGUCACUGUUGCUAGGAGAAGAACCAUCUAUCAUCUAGAUUUGGCUCUCCAAAAAAUGUCUUCCACAUUGAUAUAACUUCUCCAAAACCAUCUUCUACCCCAUUGGAACUAUCCAAAGGCUUGUAAUCCUAACAAUUAUCUGUCUUGUGUUAUGAUUAAUUUCCAACUUAAUCAACAUUUUUUUGUUCUGCUUUGCAAUUUGGUUUUCAAAGUUCAUACAAACGGAAGUGCUAGAAGGGUUCUGCAAGUGGGCUCACAGGACAAUGUUGUUCCAAGGGUAGAAUGGACAAACAAAUCCUCAAUAUGAUAUGUUCCAAUCAUUUAACAGUAAGCUAGUACUGUCCAGCAAGGAACAAAAGAAUAUUCUCACGCAAGGCAUAUCACAUAUACAGAACAAAGACAUCAUGAUAGAAUAUCUUGUAUAAGGUAAAGAGAGGCAAUCAUUUCAAAAUAAACCAGUCUAGAAAAUAAGAAACUCAGAGCGCAAAAUGGUAGAGAAACACUGUAUGCAACCAACAAUACAUGAAUAGCAUAUGGAUGGUUUUGAAAACUGCCCUUGUGUUGCUGAUGGGUCUUCUGGGAUUAGCUUACCGGGCCACACAACCUGCCCAUCCAGAGAGUACCGAGUUGUCAGAUGUUCCUCCUACUUCUUCACCAAGGAUUAUGCUUAGUGAUGGAAGAUAUCUGGCUUAUAAAGAGAAAGGAGUUCCCAAGAAUGAAUCAAACUACAAGAUCAUCAUUGUUCAUGGCUUUGGUAGCUCCAAAGAAAUGAAUUUUCUGGCCCCACAGGAGCUCAUAGAUGAGUUGGGGAUAUAUUUUCUGUUAUUUGAUCGAGCUGGUUAUGGAGAAAGUGAUCUGAACCCCAAGCGCUCAGUGAAGAGCGAAGCAUUCGACAUCCAAGAAGUUGCUGAUAGGUUAGAACUAGGAUCCAAGUUUUAUGUGAUUGGAGUUUCAAUGGGAUCCUACCCCGCCUGGAGUUGCCUCAAACAUAUACCACACAGGCUUGCAGGUGUGGCUCUAGUGGUCCCAGUCAUCAAUUACUCAUGGCCUUCUCUUCCUCACUACUUGACAAGAGAGGACUACAGGAAGAAACUUUUCCCAUGGGUACUCUGGAUUGCAAACCAUGCCCCUGGUCUGCUAUACUGGUGGGUGACCCAGAUAUGGUUCCCUUCAUCUUCUUCCAUGGAAAGAAGUCCAAUGUUCUUCAGCAACCGGGACAUAGACAUACUAAAGAAGACAUCAGGAUUCCCAAUGCUCAGCCAGGAUAAGAUACGACAGCGAGGUGUCUUUGAAUCUCUUCGUCAUGACUUCAUUGUCGGUUUUGGCGAUUGGGACUUUGACCCAAUGGAUUUGAGCAACCCAUUUCCUCAAAAUGAAAGCUCAGUUCACAUUUGGCAAGGCUACGAGGAUAAGGUUGUGCCAUUUCAGCUACAAAGAUACGUUGCAGAAAAGCUGCCAUGGAUUCGGUACCAUGAAGUUCCUGAUGGUGGGCACUUGAUAGUUCAUUACCAAGGUCUGUGUGAAGCCAUUUUAAGGGCUCUUUUGAUUGGAGAAGAAACUCCACUCUGAGGGUCUAGUCGAACCUCAUUAAUAUGCAGUAUAAGAUUUGUUAAAUCCUUAUUUGUAUCAUCCAAAGCAGUGUCCUCUUAGUAAAUUGAUCUGUAGAGUGAUAAAGUACAGUCAUAUUGCGUUCAUCUUUAGGAACCCCCAAAGAUUUUAGGCCUAGUUCAGCUGCUUUGUGUUAUCCUGGCUGUAAAUUGGUUUCUUUAAUGAUCAGAAGAGCAGCAUACACCUGCAUAGAAAGUGAAUUGUGUUUGAAUCCA